AAUCACCUCGAUCAGUUGUACAAGCGCAAGCAACUCGAGAAGGCGCUGCCCCCUGUCCACGUUUUGAUGAUCGACUUCCUCCAUGGAAGCCCGGAGAAGCCGCCAUCAAACGUGAUGGACUGGGAAAGGGGUCGCGGAGACCUGCAAAACUUGCUAAAUCAGGUCCUACCCAACUCGUAUCUGUCAACUCUUUCAGACCUAGUGUCGAACCUAGACCCAUGCGAGGUAAUGAAGGCCCUCGAGAAAGACUAUGGGCAGGGCGAUGCGGCUGGUCUGCUUGAGUUGACCCGAGCCUGGUCAAGGUUGGCUCGGAGCCAGUGGCGCGAUCUUCGCAUCCUCUUCGUCCAGCUGAAGAAAGCGCGCAAUGAAAUCAACAGAAAGACGCAAGAGCUUCUGGGAGAGGACAUGGUCACUGAAUCGUGGCUAUGUGGGGAGGUCCUGUCCCAGUUGCCGAAAGAGUUUUGGGCAUCGUCCAUCCCCAUGAAAAAGAGCGACUUCACUGUCGAAAGGUGGAAAGCGCACUGA